AGCGGCGUCGGCCAUCUUGGAAUCACAUCACCGUGUCAGGCAACUGUCUAAGGCAUUGUACUAUCACACGACUCAUUGAUAGUAUCGUUAAGAAAGAAGAUAAUCUGAUUCUGUGUUUGUGGUUUUUUUUUUACUAAAAUAGCCGUAACGUUUGUUUUCUGUUGCUCACUUAGUGGUGAAGCAAACUCCGGAUUAUCGAAAGAACCGUUAUGGCGACUGUUACUCCAAGCCGUGAAGCUGGCCGGUCGGCGGCCUCUACACCUCUUUCCCCAACCCGGAUCUCUCGCUUACAAGAGAAACAAGAUUUGCAGCACCUGAACGAUAGGCUGGCCGUUUAUAUCGACCGUGUCCGGUCUUUGGAAUUGGAGAACGACCGGUUGAUGGUCAAAGUGUCCGAGAAAGAGGAGGUGACUACCAGAGAGGUAACAGGCCUAAAGGCUCUGUAUGAGGCAGAGUUAGCUGAUGCUCGACGGGUUUUGGAUGAAACUGCUAAAGAGCGAGCCAGGCUCCAGAUAGACCUUGGCAAGGCUCAGGCUGAGCUCGAAGAGGCCAGACGCAGUGCAAAGAAGAAGGAUAGUGACCUUGCUGCAGCAGUGUCCAGGGCCAGUGGUUUGGAAGGCCAGUUGAACAAGAGUGAAGCAGCUCUUGCUACUGCUCUAAGCCAGAAUGCUGCUCUGACUUCUGAGUUGGCUGAUGUCAAGAGCCUGCUGGCUAAGGCCGAGGACAGCCAUGCUGUUGCUAAGCGCCAGCUGGAGGCGGAGACACUGAUGCGUGUAGACUUGGAGAACCGCUGUCAAUCACUGAGUGAAGAGCUGGAGUUCAGGAAGAGCAUGUUUGAAGAGGAAGUACGUGAGUCCCGGCGUCGACAGGAGCAGAGAAUAGUGGAGGUAGACUCUGGAGUCAGACAGGACUAUGAGUUCAAACUGGCACAAGCUUUACAGGUAUGUUGGGGGGAUCAAUUUACAGUAGCCAUCAUUUCUGGUGUUGUCAUGUGUGUG